AUGAGUCAGGCUGAUGAAGGAAGGCUCACUGACACAGAACUGGCAGCUGAGAAUGAGUCACCUACCUGUGUGCUGACUGCAGCAGCUCCUAGCCAGGAAGAGGGACCUACUGACGUGACAGCAAGUCCUGCAUUUCAGUGUUUAGAUGAGCUAUUUUCUGCUGGAAAAAUCACAGACACCAGAGUAGCUGAGCUGAAGGAACAGUACACACUGCUGCAUGAUGCUGUUAUAAGUUUACAGGAAUCUGAAACUCAGCUGUUGCAGGAAGCCGAACGGCUGAGUGCAGAACUGGAACAACAAUGUGAACUGGAAAAAGCAGAACAGCUCCCCAAAGAAGCUUCCAGUGAAGCUUCCCAAAUAAGGCAACAACUUCUUAGCUGCCGAAGUGAAUAUAAUGCUGUUAAAGGAAGAGUCUAUGAAAACCGGUUGAAGAUAGAAUGUUUGCGAGAAGAAAAAAAACUUCUUGAAAAUGAAUAUGAAAAAAUUUCAAAAGAAAAGAAAGACAGUAAAAUUAAACACUUGAAAGAAAAUUGUGAUGAACUCGGCAAAGAAGUAAUCCAGAGGAAAGCAGAAAUUGAUUCAAUAAAAGAAGCUGUUUCAUCCAAGGAAAAGCUGAUAUUAACAGAUGAGGAAGAAAUGGAAAAGCUUCAGGAGAUGCAGACUUAUUUAAAAGCUGAGCUAGUUAGAAUCCUUGGUGUUCCAAAGCAACUUGCAAAAGAAACUGAGAAGUUGAAUCAGAAAAAAAUUGAUGCAGAGAAGAAGAAUGAAGCCCUUAAUGACCAAAUAGAAAAAUUGAAUAGAACCCUGAAAGCCACUGAAAAAAGGACUGGAGAGAUUUUGCAAGAAAAAGAAGAUGUAAUGAAGGAAUUGAAUGAGAGACAAACUUUGAUACAAAAGAAUGAACGAGAAUGCGCUGCUUUGACAAAAUUACUAGAAAUUAGUGCAGAGAAGGAAUUAGCUGUCCUAUCAGACAGACAAAUUCUGGAAAAUAAUUUAAAUAAAUGCAUCUUCGAGAACAAAAAGCAGCAAGAUAUUCUCAGUCACCAUCAAACACAGAAAGACAAAGAACUGAAAAGUCUUAAAAAGAUAGAGUUACAACUGAAAGGGAUUUGGGAUUCAUUGGAAGGAGAUAAGGCAAAGCAUAAAAGACUCAAAUCAGAGGCAGAAAUUAACUCAAAAAAAAAUGCGGUAUUAUUAGAAAGACGACAAGAACUGCAGGAGGAGAUUGAAAUGAUCAAGAGAGGUUUAGCUGAACAGGAAAUGAUAUCAGACAUGGAUGCCCGCAUGUUAGAAGAAUGCAUUGCUGCAGAACACUUGCUUUUCAAAGAGCAGGAAAAAUGCAGAAAUGAGUUAUCCACACUUACACAGCUGGCUUGUCUCAGAGCUGAUGAGAAGCAACUGAAAUACAGGAAUGUUCAGAAAGCCAAGAUUCAACUCCAAAGUGUUCUUAAGGAACUAAAAAGAAAGGAUCGUGAACUAAUCAUCUGUAAAAAGAUUAAAAAAGAAAUGCAAAAAAAACUCCAAGGAUUUGCUAAGAUAUUUGAUUUUAUGCAAACUCAAAAGGAGAAAUGUAUGCAACUGAUGUGUAUUGCUCAGUGUAAAGCAAGGGAAGCUGAGAACCGGGUAAAAUUACUAGAAAAUAAUAUAGAAAACUUAAGGAAUGCCAUUAUAACCAGGGACAGAAAAUGGCAAGAAGACUAUCUGAAGAUUAAAAAGAAUGAGAGAACAAAAGCGUUGAUCAAAAAGGAUUACAACAAAGUUGUACAAGAGAUGCUAGAGCAUAAAGAAAAGGAAAAGUAUUUGAAUGUUGACAGACUUACUACUGCAGCCACACACAUGGAAGAGGAAAUUUUGCAGCUACACAAAAAUUAUGAAAGGGCUAUUCAGCAAAAAAAUGAGAGUGGUCUUUUGCUCAGAGAACGAGAAGAAGAACUAGACUUUUUGUAUGAAAGAAUAAACAGGCAAGAGGUGUUGUGUAGAAAUGGAGAUAUUAAGAUGCAAGUUAUGGAUGAAAAGAUCAGUUUUCUGAAGCUGAAGGUAGCUGAGAAAAAAAGAGAACUUAAAUUGUGUUUUAAAGAGCUCACAGUGAAGAAUACCCUGGAUGCACAACUGGGGAGACUUCAGAUACAGUAUUCCCAGUGCAGGGACAAGAUUAAACAGCUGGAGGAAAAGCAUGGUGAUGCCACAAAUGAGAGCAGAAAGCAAGAAAUGGGAGGGAAGGACCCAUCUCCACCUGAGCUGCUAAAAAGGAUUGAACAGAUGGAGGCAGAGCUGGUGCAGAAAGAGCAGAGACUGCUGAAGAUAGAUUUUCUGUGCGAGAACAUUUCCGAUCUGACGGACAGAAUCCGUGCUGCGGUGGAGAACGGCAAGCAGGACACGCUGCAGUUCGCUAGGAGGACCAAUGAACUGCAGAAGAAGAUAAAUGACAAAACCCAGGAGAUAAGGGCUCUUUCUGCAGAGUUAUCCAUGAAGCAAGCACUUUCCAUUAAACUCCAGCAGGAAAUCAGACACAAAGAGCAAUUUGUGAUGACUGCUUCAUUGAUGAUAAGUCAAGGCCUUCCCCUUCCUAAAGCAGAAAAGGAACCGUGGAAGAUCCUACGCAAUGAGAAGAUGCAAAAAGCAGCAGCUGAAGCCAGAGCUAAACACCCUGCAGAGGAGGAACAAGGUGCAGUGCCUGGCCAUACCCCCAGUAUCCCCAAGGAGGAGAGGCUCCCACCGCUGCAGCCCCACACGGCUCCCUUCAGAUCAAGUGAGCCCAGCUGGAGUCUGAGGCAUUUCAAAAAGCCUCCUGCAGAGCCAUCUGAAAUCUGA